GGGUGAAUGAAUACAUCAGCUCGCCGCUCCAUCCUCUCGCAAUCGACGAUCGACACUAUCACGACCUCCUGUCAUCUGCCACGCAAUGAGUCGGUAAAAUAACCAAACACAUUGCUGCCAUAGGUACAGGCAAGUCAAGUCAACCACAACUUUCAACCAUCUUAUCUAGAGAUCGUGUCCUUCUUGUCAAAUCUCUUUGCAGACACACAUCCGAAUACUUGAACAACAAAACUUGCGGCGUUAGAAUUGACGGGGUAUCAUAAUAGUGGAAACUAGAAGAUUUCGAGACUUCUUCGGUCCAAACAGCAAACGAGACAACAGAACACCAGCACCUACAUAUCUCCUCAAGACAACACCACACAUCGUUUUCCAAUCUCCAGUCAAUAUCUGCUAAAAUGGGCACACCAUUCAUAACCUUCCUCGGGCCUUCCAACCUCUCCGGCUACGACUCCAAGAACCGAUCCUCCUCACAACCAGACAAUAUCCCCAAAACCUUCCUCGAUGCCAUGGAAGUUCGUGAACAAGUUUUCGUAGAAGAGCAAGGUGUCCCAAUAGAGAACGAAUUCGAUUCAGACGAUCACAGAGCAUGCCAUUGGGUGAUAUAUGCCUCCAUCAACACAGUCACUGAUCCUGAAGUCACCGACCCAUCCGGCAACAUAAUAACUCGCAAAAAGAGCAUCACACGCUCUACCCCCAUCGGCACCAUCCGCCUCGUCCCCUUCCCCCAUCCCCCUCACCCAACCCCCGGCUCAAAAUACACCGCCGACGCCCUCGAAACCGGCCCCAAUCCCUCCUCCUCCACCACCACCGACCCAACCGACCCGCCCCCCUACAUCAACGACCGCUCGACCACUUUCCACAACGGCAUCGAACCCUACAUCAAACUCGGGCGCCUCGCCCUCCUAAAAGAAUUCCGCGGCUCAGGCAUAGCAAAGAUGCUUGUCAACGCGGCACUGACUUGGCUUCUCGAGAACCCGACGUUUUUCAACCCUUCUAUCAAAGCCAUGGGCAUGGAUAAGAUAGCUGCUGAGAUCACGGGCGAGGUGCCGGUUUGGAAGGGCCUGGUGUGUGUGCAUGCUCAGGUGCAGGUUGAGAGGGUGUGGGCGAAGUGGGGGUUUGAAAGGGAUGAGGGGAUGGGGGAGUGGGAGGAGGAAGGGAUUGGGCAUGUGGGGAUGUUCAGGAGGUUGGAACUUGUGGAGAGGAGGGGUAGUGAUGGUUCGUGAUGGAGGAAGGGAGAUGCUCCUCUGGAGUUCUUGAGGAGCUGAUAAUGAGUUACGAGAGACGAAACCCCGAAUUAUUGCUAAACAUGAUAUAUAUCUAUAAUCAACUUGCGUAGGGCAUUACAGCUCUCAUUGACACUUU